AUGGACCGGUACGACGCGUGCCACAAGGUGCUGCUGGUAGGAAACGUUGCGUGCGGCAAGACGUCGCUCGUGACGCGACUGCGCACCUCAACAUUCGACGCGCGGACCACGUCGACCGUGGGCGUGGACUUCAGCGUGGCGACCAUCUCCGGCACGGACAACAAAACGCUGCGGCUACACCUGUGGGACAGCACGGGGCACGAGCGCUUCCGCUCCAUCACCACGUCGUACUACCGCGUCGCCCACUGCGUGCUGCUGUGUGUGGACACGACCUCCGAGGACGCGAUCGGCGCGUGCGAUGCUUGGCUGGCGGCGGUGCAGGAGUACUGCGCGCCGGGCACGCCCCUCCUCCUGGUGGGCACAAAGAUCGACUUGGCCGACGAGCGAGCAGUGGACGCGCAGGCGCUGCGCGGGGUUGCCGCGCGCGCGGGCGCUCAGUACGUCGAGACUUCCUCCGCGACCGGGGAAGGGGUAACCGGGGCUUUUUAA